CCCAUAAUUAAAAAAAAAAAAACAUUUUUUUUUCUCUCAUCUUCUCUGAGAUUGCUGCUCUCUAACUAUUUCGAAGCAUGACAGAUCCAUGUUGGUUCAAUUUCAUGCCUCCUCUUCAACCUUAUUAUAGUUCUUCUUCUUCAUCGUCAUCCUCAUCUUCAUCUUCGUCAUCGUCAUUUGCUCACAAUAUCCCAAACACAUCAUCAUGGUUUUCACCAUACUCUUACACUAAUCCCACACCUUCGGCUUCUUCUUAUCCUUCAAGAGUUGCUUUACCACUCAUAGAUUAUCUCAAUCCAACGAAAGAACUACUCGACAAUAGCAGCAGCAACAACCUCCAUGAGAACUCAAGCAGCUCUAACAUGGAGAGCAUGGCCAAGGACUCAUACGGUGGCGACGAUGAGGAUGAGUGUGAUGAAGAUGACGAUGGAUGUGGUGGAGACGAUGAUGGCUACCUUCAUGGUCAUCAUCAGCAUGGUGAUGAGGAUGUGAGCGUUGCCCUAAACAUAGGGCUUCCAAACAGCAGCGCAAACCCUAACUAUGGGGGCAGCAAAAACAACUUCGUGGCUGCAGAUGUGGUGUUGAAUCAUGAUCAUCAUGACAAGGAAGAUCAUCAUCAAGAUGACGUGAGUGUGGUUUCUGGGUACCCAUUUGGGAGGUUGAACAAGGGCCAGUAUUGGAUUCCCACACCAACUCAGAUUCUCCUUGGUCCAACCCAGUUCUCCUGCCCUGUUUGCUUCAAAACCUUCAACAGAUACAACAAUCUCCAGAUGCACAUGUGGGGACAUGGAUCGCAGUACAGAAAAGGACCAGACUCACUGAGAGGAACACAACCGACAGGCAUGCUCCGUCUUCCAUGCUUCUGCUGCGCUCCGAACUGUAAGCACAACAUCGACCACCCACGAGCGAAGCCUCUCAAAGAUUUCAGAACCCUCCAAACGCACUUCAAACGCAAACACGGCGCCAAGCCCUUCUCCUGCCGCCGCUGCGGCAAGCCCUUCGCCGUCAAGGGCGAUUGGAGAACGCACGAGAAGAACUGCGGUCGCGUUUGGUUCUGCGUCUGCGGUUCCGACUUCAGACACAAACGCUCCCUCAAGGACCACGUCAGGGCGUUCGGACAUGGUCAUGGUGGUGUUGGCGGUGACGAUGAUGACGAACCCGCUUCUGAGAUCGACCACGACGGCAACGACCAGUGAUGCUCUUAAUCAAUCUUUAUGUAUGCAUUCGUGUUUCCAUCCAUCGAUCGAUCGAUUAAUAUUGUUCUGUCAUUGUGUAUGUGUAUAUGUUCUUGGACUUGAUUUAGAUCUCGCUCGGGCUUUUGGACUUGGGUUAAGUGUGCAUGCUUGUUUUUAAUUUUAAUGUUUCAUUUCAUGCAACUGUUUCUUUCUCUUCCUUUUUUGUUUGGUUUUGUUUUAUAUUCGGACACAACGUAUAUUGCAAGUCCAUAUAUGUAUUCGUCUUC